AUGUGGAACUUAAAGAUGAAGUUCAUAAGGGACACCAGCGUGGACGCCCUACGAUACUUGACCGUGGACCAGGCUUUAGGAGACAUUGCUCAGUUCAUUCAGCAUGUCAAGAGCGAUGCUUUCCAAAAUGGUCGCUACAGGAACGCAUCUGUUGGCUUAGUCGGCUGCUCCUACGCCGGCAGCAUGGCUACAUGGAUGAAACUGGGAUAUCCUCAUCUUAUAGAUGCCGCUUUUUCCGACAGUGGACCCCUGCACGCACAGGAAGACUUCCCAGAAUACCUAGAGGUGAUCACAGAAGCGAUGCGCAGCCAAGGCAGCGAAGCUUGUUUAACAACCAUCGAGCAAGCUGUCGAACGGAUCGUCGACCAACUCGGGACAGCCGCUGGCCCUGCUAAUAUCUCUAGUUUAUUCAACACAUGUUCCACUAUCCAGGCUACCCCCUUGGACAUGGCGACGUUUUUCUGGUUCGGCAUAACGGAAACUUUCGCGUAUUUGGUGCAAUACGCUAUUCCUGGAGAAAUACCUGAUGCUUGCGCUGUUUUAACUGACGCCUCUGUUGAUGACCCAGUCCAACGCCUAGCUAACUGGAUUACCAGCCAAUCUUGGACGCAACCCUGCAUCGAGACACGCUACUCCGUGAUAGUGGAGCAACACACGAACACCAGUUAUGAUGCCCCGCAGUCUGUCAUGCGACUCUGGACGUACCAGACCUGCGUGGAAUACGGCUGGUAUCAAACAACCACCAGCAACAAUCAACCGUUCCUCAACACUAUUCCUUUGGAGUACUUCCACCAGAUGUGCAAGGACUUCUUUUCUUCAAACUUUGAUGAGGAAUUCCUCGCCUCCGGCGUAUGGCGUACAAACGCCCUGUUCGCCGGGCGCCACCUGCCGGACGGCGUUGUGACCGUGGCCGGCGGACUGGACCCCUGGGCGCCGAUGGGGCCUAAUGUCACCCAUGCGACGGAGAUGGCGCCUGUUUACGUGGUGCCUACGGUUUCGCAUUGCCGGGCAGUACAAUCAACAGCAUCAAGUGAGACGGAAGAGCUCGCUCGCGCCAAGCGUGCUGUAUUGAGUCAUAUGCAAUACUACAUGACCGGGGAACGGUCAUCUGCUAGCACACCAUUCGCUGGUAUAGUCUGCUUAUGGCUCGUUGUUGCUGGAUUCUUACUCAACUAGCUUCAUUUCACUUCAAACCUUCAAGAGCGUACUCCCAUCAUAAAGGCCGGCAACGCACUUACAACCCCCUCUGGUGUUGCGGGUGUCCACGGGCGGCGGUAAUCGCUUACCAUCAGGUGAUUCGUCUGCUCG